AUGCAUCCUAUUAUCAAAUCAUGGCUGUUCCGAGGUUGGGGAUUGGAUUUCAUUGGACAAACUAAUCCUCCUUCAUCAAAAGGGCAUUGCUUCAUGUUGGUGGCUACAGAUUAUUUUACUAAGUGGAUCAAAGCAGUUCCUUUAAAGAAUAUGACACAUAGAGAGGUGAUUAAGUUCAUUACUGAGCAUAUUAUCCAUAGGUUCGGUAUUCCCCAAACUUUAACAACUGAUCAGAGGACUUCAUUUAUAUCUAAGGAGGUGCGUGAAUUCACAGAAUCUUAUAAGAUUAAAUUGCUCAAUUCAUCUCCAUAUUAUGCUCAGGCCAAGUCUAGUAAUAAGGUUUUUAUCAAACUUAUCAAGAAAAAGGUAGAAGAGAAUCCUAGGAGGUCGCAUGAGGUUUUAUCUGAGGCUUUAUGGGCUCAUUGUAUAUCUAGACAAUGUGCUACUAAAGUUACUCCUUUUGAGCUUAUGUAUGGUCAAGAGGCCAUUUUACCCGUUGAGGUGAAUCUGGACGCCUAUAGAUUGGCCAAACAAAAUGAUCUCUCCACUGUUGAUUAUCAAGAUUUGAUGAUGGACAAUAUUGAUGAGGUGACUGACAAGCGUAUGAAGGCUUUGAAGGAGUUUGAGAAGGACAAGCUUCAGGUGGCUAGAGCUUACAAGAAGAAGGUAAGAAAUAAAUCUUUUCAGGUUGGUGAGCUGGUUUGGAAGAUAAUUCUGCCUCUUGGUAUCAAGAGCAACAAGUUUGGCAAGUGGUCGCCAAGUUGGGAAGAUCCGUACAAGAUCUUCAAGGUUAUCUUCCGAAAUUCAUAUAUGGUGGAGACACUGCAAGGAGAACGUUUACCCAGAGCUCUCAACAGAAGAUACUUGAAAAGUAUCAUCUUAGCGUAUGGCAAGAUGCUUGAAGAGGAGGAUGGCUGA